AUGAUCUUCGACAGCGUAGAUCAUCAGACCGCCCACUAUCUAGCUUCACAAAAUCGUCUACCUCAGGGAUUGAGAGGAAGAAUAUUGUUCACAGUUGAAGAUCAGUCAUGUCUGGGAAUCCUUGGGCCACCGCAAAUCUACAGAGUCCCAGAGCCGGAGUGGUUGGAGAUUAUCGACUCGUUAGCGAGCAGAUUGAUAGCCUCGUUCGUGCCCAGCAAUUUCCAUAACCCACCUAGGGACUACCUCCCGGAGACUCGUUUUAUGGAACUAGUCACCAAGGAGUCGAUUGAGGCAGAGCUGAGAAAAAUAGAAGAUAUGCCAGUUCGAGAUGGUCAGAAAAACUUCAACCGUGCAUCACGGGAGGUCCUCGCACGCUGGAUUUGCGAAAAGGCCUCAAAGACAUUUGCAAUAGCCGUUCAAUGCGAACCCGACCCCCAUUAUCUGUUGCUUUCCAUGGCACUCUUCAAAGCUGGUUUGUUCGAUGACAGGAACUUGCCCCUUCCCGAUCCUCUACAAUCGACUCCACCACAAAAGGUCUUCCACAAAAAGGUCUGGACUAGCCAAAAGAUCCACGACUUCUAUAACAAGCAGUGGCAUCUGCUUGUACCAGUAUUCUCACCAGAUCAAUAUAGCUACAAUCUGUUAAAUAAUUGCAUUUUCCCGUUUACCAAAGAAGAUGUCACACCUAAAGUUGGAGCUUUCGGAUAUGUGCAUAAAGUACGAGUUCAUCCAGAUCAUCAAAGACGAUACAGCAUGCAACACGUAGCCAUCAAAGAGAUCAAGAUCACACGAGGCAACGAUAGGCAGCGCACCGAGGAAGCAUGGGAUAAAGAAGCAAGAGCUUUGGCAAAUAUCAACAAGCUGAAGCAUCCACAUAUCAUCAAAUGCGUUGCUGCGAUAAGAAGAGGGGACAGUCGCUACUUUAUGUUUCCAUGGGCGGAUGGCGAUAGCUUACGCGACUACUGGGUCCAGACUUCGAGACGAAGUUCGGGACCAGAUGCUGAACUGAUCUAUGAAGCCAUCGGCCAACUGAGAGGCCUUGCAGACGCACUGCAUUGCUUACAUUACUGCAAUAGUGGUCAGUCAGUGGAAAGUGUCUCAAAUACUGCACAACAUGAAAGAGAUGGCAUAUCUGAGAUGCAGUUUGACGACGAACACGACGAGGAAACGUAUGAUGUUGAUCCGAUCUAUACUGAGUCCAUCAGGCAUGGUGAUCUUAAGCCCGAAAACAUUCUUCGAUUCAUUGAUCCCCGAACGACGCUAGGUACUUUAAAAUUGGCUGAUAUGGGUCUUGCGAAACAACACAUUGUGGUGACUCAAGAUCGGACGCAUCUUACCAGUACGAGGUAUGGUACUGUGCAGUACGAGGCGCCAGAAGCAUUUGGAGAACUCAAUGGGCUAAGGACGCGUCUUUACGAUGUCUGGUCAAUGGGCUGCAUUACCCUCGAGUUCAUAAUAUGGCUUCUGUAUGGAAAUGACGAGCUCAACAACUUCUAUGGUCAGUUGAGAGGAGAUGCUCAAGAUCAUUGCCAGUAUUUCGAACUGCCGACUCCGGGAACAGCAACUCGUCCAGAGGUUCACAGAGUCGUUCGCAAGUGGAUCGAGGCAAUGCAGGAGACAGACCCAGAAUGUUCUGGAGAUACAGCAAUCGCCGAACUUCUCCAUUUGGUCCAAGAGAAACUACUCGUGGUCCCUCUGCCACCAACUCGGGAAAGUGCGAUCAACGGCGGUGGGUCUUUCGCGCAACCAGGGGUUGAUGAUACCUUUACACGUUAUCGUGCAACGGCUGCGCAGUUUCGUGAAUCCCUGGACACUAUCCUGGCUAAGAUACAACACAAACCAGGAUACUUAUCCACAGGGAAACUAAGAACGAGCGUGAAGCUGCCCGUUAAGAGAACCACUAUGCUGACUCCAGCUUCUGCUGCUAACAGAUAUGAAGCACCGGUAUUUCCAAAGUUUACGCCAACGCAAGUACCUAUGCUUAGCGGCGUUCUGGGCCGUCCUAUACGAACGUCUGACUAUCGGCUUCCCCCACUCAGAGACUGGGAAUUCUACGUCGACGAGAAGUUGCCUGUAGCUUUGUUAUCUCGGAUCGCUGCGGAAUUUUCGCCAGCAAUAGAUAAUGCAUCCGCCAAGAAGCUCUGCGAUCGCUGCAUGAACUUAGAUUUCUGGGUUGGGGGUUUCGCAUUUGAAGAUACGAUGUCAGAACUCGAAGAUCGAAGGCGCUUCUGCGACUUCUGCAACAUGCUCAUUGAUGUCAGCGCCAAAAGUGACGGCACUAAGAGAAAAGGCAUUAGUUUUGAACGAAAGCAAUCAGCUCUGCUGAUUGUUGGAGAGCCAUUCCCCGUGCUGUCGAUCUUCAGGAGCCUUGAGUCCAAUCCACCGACCGCCAUCCAGCUGGGCUUUCCUGAGCCACCUCAACCAGGUACCGAGACUUCAUUUGAGAUUAUGAGACUAUGGCUUGAGAACUGCAACGCACAUGAUCCACAGAACGUCAAACAUCAAGAUUGUCACAGUGAGCCAGGAAGUGUCCCAACACGCCUAAUUGACGUCGGUUCCCUACAACAUCCCAUCCUCCGCCUCAUCGAUACCCGUGAGGAUCCCAUCUCGAGCAAAGCCUACAUCGCACUUUCACACCCAUGGGGAGACACUGUAAAGUAUCCACCAUUUUGCACGUCGCAAGCAAACAUCGCGUCUCAUAGGGUUGGCAUACCUCAUGAAGAGCUACCUGAAACCUUCCAAGAUGCUGUACAUUGCACACGAAAGCUGGGAAUUCGCUACCUGUGGAUCGACUCGUUAGCCAUCAUUCAAGGAGAUAAUAGCGACUUCAACGAAGAGGCAAAGAGGAUGGAAAAUGUUUUCAGUGAUGCUUACUGCGUUCUCGCUGCAAGUCGGGCAACCAACCAGCGCGAUGGCUUCCUACGUCCGAGGAAGCGACGUGACUACGUGAUGUUUCAACGUGGGAAUGAGAAACCGUUUUAUGUCUGCAAAACAAUUGACAACUUCAACAAAGAUGUAAUUGAAGGCGCACUAAACAAGCGUGGAUGGGUGCUCCAGGAACGUGCGCUCGCACGGCGGACCAUAUACUUCACUGAGAACCAAAUGUACUUUGAGUGCGGAGAUGGCAUCAGGUGUGAGACGAUGACCAAGAUGCAGAACAAUAUGGCUGACUUCCUCGGCGACCCUAAAUUCCCAACCAAAGCCAUGCGCGCCAACCGAGCAGGGAAAAUAGCCUACUUUCAGGGUCUCUACAAGCAGUACUCGCGUCUCAAUUUUACUCAUUACGACGAUCGACCGUUCGCUAUAGCUGGCCUAGAGAAACGGCUACAAAAAGCUUUUGGAACGAAGGGCGAUUAUGGCAUUUUCGAUGAUGGCGAUAAGCACGAUGGCGGCCUCUUUCAUCGCAGUCUUCUUUGGCAACGCGGCGAAGAAGAAGGAGAUGCCGAGCACCUAAUACCAAUCAAUUUCCCGCCUGCUCGCAACGUCAAAGUUCCAAGCUGGUCUUGGAUGGCCUACAAAGGCGGAAUAGAUUUCAUAGAUCCGCCUUUUCAUUCUGCGAACUGGGAAUAUGACGAACUACAGCCGCCUUGGACCUGCGGUUCUCCAUCUACUACCCGGAUUACACGGCCUGAUGGUGAGGUAGCCAUCACAGCCGUUAUCCGUAAUUUUGACGUGGCAGGCAGACAACAGUUUGAAGUCAAGAUUGUCUAUGACACGGAGAGACGGACGGCAUCUGAUGGCCAGCGGGCGCAAUGUGUUGUCGUAGCGAAGGGUAAAGAGGGACGAAGUGGCAAGGAGAAAAGAUAUUACGUGUUGCUUGUCACGCCCGUUCAAGGCCUGACUAGCGAGGACUCGAGAGUGUACGAAAGGGUCGGUGUUGGGUUCAUGCUCGGCAAGUUCAUCUCGUUAGACGGAGAGGGUAUCAGAGGGAAGAUAGUGUGA